AUGAGUAAGAUGAACACUCCGACGUCUCGAUCCAUGAAAGGAAAAGCAAAAACCGGGAAUCUGCCGCCGGCUAGGACACCGAGACAAGUGACGGCACAGUCGCGAAAGGCAGACGUACCAGGAUCUAUGGCUCGUUCUCCAGCAGUUAACCCCGACGAAGUUCUUAGCGAACGAGAUAUUCGCAUGAAAAUCGAUCCCAGUCUCAUAAAAUCAUUAGUACGAAAGGCUACAGAACAACAGAUAACAACACAUAAACGAUCCACUGCUCGCACACCUCAUGGUCGUCAUCUAAAACCAUCAAAUGCACAAACAGUGCUGAAGUCAAUAGAAUUCAUGGAUUAUCCUGAGUUCCUCGACAAACACUACCAAACUAUAGAGCCAGGGGUCCACAAGAUCCACUAUACAAUGGCAGAAUACCAAGCUGUAAUCCAAGAUGCAAAUCUGUUGCUAUCAUCCGAAAAAACACUGAUUGAUGUAGAUCCACCGGUGACCAUUGUGGGCGAUAUUCAUGGGCAAUUUAACGAUCUCAUCAACAUGUUCCUACUCAUAGGACGGCCUCCGGAGAAACGAUAUUUGUUCUUGGGAGAUUACGUAGAUCGCGGAAUGAUGUCUAUAGAAUGUAUGAUGCUGCUGUUAGCGUACAAAGUCUGCUAUCCCGCUUCCGUCUAUCUUUUACGGGGAAACCACGAAUGCGCGCGAGUAAACAAGAAGUACGGUUUUUGGAACGAAUGUCUCAGUCAUUUGGGUGACAAGGGCGAAACAGUAUGGGCUAUGUUUCAGAGAUGCUUCAAUAACAUGCCUGUGUCAGCAUUAGUGGCAACAAAGAUUCUUUGUAUGCAUGGCGGUUUGUCACCAAGCUUGGAGUCACUUGAUGACGUGAGGAACACCACCAAACCCGUCCGAAACCCUUUUAGAGGAGUCAUUAACGACAUGUUAUGGGCGGAUCCCGAUAUGAGCAUUCUCGACUGGCGCACGAGCUCUCGCGGCUCCGGAUUUGCAUUUGGAAGUCAUGUCAUCGACGAUUUUUGUGAACGCUUUGGGCUGGAACUCAUCGUACGCGCACAUCAGAUGUGCCUCGACGGCUUCUGGGUGACUCCAAACAGACGACUUCUCACAUUAUUCUCUGCCCCAAUGUAUUGCAAUUUAUAUAGGAAUGCCGGCACAGUGCUCGAUGUCGAUGAAAACUUGCGCUGCCAGCUUAUAUCCAUGGUUCCAGAAUCGAGAGGUUGUCAUGAUCGUAUAAUGCGCCAGAAUCGACUUUGGGAUGAAACCGUUGACUUCAUACUUGAACGUCCGAUGACGCAGUAA